AAAUAACCGAGCGUAGGUUGUGGAGUUUUGUAGAAACGUCCUUGGAAAAUAGCUGAGCUGCCUUCAGGAAACUUGCUUCUGAGUUAAUAUGCAUCAGAUUCGGCUGCAAGUCUGACAAAAGAGAGUUUUAUUUUCCCUCCACAUCAGCGGAAGGGCAGUUGAUUGUGGGCGGAAUCCGUUUGCUCAAACUUCCUUUGUUUUAGGCGUUUGCCACACGUCCGUCACGAUUCCCCUCCUUCCGCACUGGUUGCUGAACGACGGCUAGUUUAGAGAGGAAGAAGCAAUGCUGGAAGUAAAGAGAGAAACGUUUGGUGAAUGGCCCCUUGGUGGAGGGACCGUGGAAAAGUUCCUGCUCAGAUCCGACACAGUCAAAGUGGAAAUCAUAUCCUUAGGCUGCAUAAUCACCUCCUUGGAGACUAAAGACAGAGACGGAAAGUUUUCAGACAUUGUUCUAGGCUUUGACCAUUUGGAAGGAUAUAUCAACAAGCAUCCCUAUUUUGGAGCUAUUAUUGGACGGGUUGCUAACAGAAUUGCCAAAGGGAAAUUUGUAGUGGAAGGACAUGAGUACCAGCUGGCUAUCAAUGAUGGACCCAACAGUUUGCAUGGAGGAGUCAAAGGGUUUGACAAGGCUAUCUGGUCCCCUGAAGUCCUGCCAGAUGGUGUCCGCUUUUUCAGAAUAAGUCCAGAUGAUGAAGAGGGAUACCCUGGUGAGCUGAAAGUGUGGAUAUCAUAUACGCUUAAGGAUGGGGAGUUAACAAUCAAUUACAGAGCUCAAACUAGUAAGACUACACCAGUCAAUCUAACAAACCAUGCUUACUUCAAUCUUGGAGGUAAGGGGUCAUCCAAUAUCUAUGACCAUGAAUUUACCAUAGAGGCAGAUUCUUACUUGCCACUGGAUGAAACUCUGAUUCCAACAGGAAAGAUCACACCAGUGCAGGAUACUGCAUUUGACCUGCGAAAACCAAAAGAACUUGGGAGACACUUGCAGAAGUUUCAUCUGAAUGGAUUUGAUCACAACUUUUGUUUGGCCCAGAGAAAAGAACCACAUUUCUGUGCCAGCCUUUCAUCCUUCAUAAGAAUAUACCAGCACAGAAAACAACAGUUAACAAGAAACAUCAACAAAACCUCCAGCUGAGCAAACAAAAUAAUAAAUCCUACAUUUGUUAUAAUCACCACUAUGACCAUAAGUGACAAAAUGAAUGAUCUGAACCAGGUGCUAAAAUAUCAAGAGCUGAGUCUGAUACUAUUCUGCUCAGGGAAAGGCAUUCCACAUUGAAAUAACCACCACAGUGAUAGCUCCAUCACAUUACCACGUAAUUUACUUAUGUUGGCUGGACAGAGAAUGUUGUAAAAUGUUACUGUAACUUAGCUAAGCAAGAGGAUUGCACAGUGCUUUGGAUUUCAAGGGGAAAAGGUACCUUGGAGGAUGCUUGGAUAUGCACGUGGACUCUGCCUGCAUUCCUUAUAUCAAAUGCAGAUUUUCCUGCAAUUGUAUAGCAGCCUCUGCCACAUGAACCUCAGGAAAAGAUGCCACUGCUUUAAGGAAGUGCCAAGAAGUGCUAGGUGAGACCUUUGUACUUUGAAGUACUUUUUUCCCCUUUACCUACAAAGCACCACAGUCCUACUGAGGAAUCAGCUUCAUUUUCCUGUAGAAUGUGGAUUCUUUUUGUCCAGAAUUAGAGGGUUGGAAACAGGUGUUGCUGGUUUAUUCAUAUUUCUAUUCUUUUGAGUGCAAAGAUUUGGGAGGUGUUAAUGCACCUACUUUUAAAGUGCUUCCGGAUUUUGCUUGUGUUUUCACAAGAAAACUAAGAAUUGUGUGAAGGGGGCUCUCAACUAUCUUGGGCCUUAUUAACACUUAAGAGCUUUGAUUCUGUUUCUGUAUGAAGACCAGAUUCACAUGGACUUUAUAAUACCAACUUGGGCCUAGCUGUAUUAUUUAAAUGGGCCCUUUGUUUUGGAUGGAGAUACAGCUGUUUGUUUUUUUUAAGACAAUUUAAUUCUUAAAUAUUUUAUGGUCUCUUAGAUUAUGUGAAAUGGUAACAUGUUUGUGGCAAUAAAACUAAGGCUGCAAUCUUAUACCCACUUAUCUGCAAAUAAGGUCCAUAGAACACAGGAGUUGAUUGCAUUUUAAAGGGACUGACUUGUUUUCCUUUAAAUUAGCAUGUCUUUUAAAAUGCUGUUUAUAUUCCACCUUUCUCUGGGGCUUAAGUCCCCUCAUUUUAUCUCCCCCAAAUUCCUGUAAAAUAGGCCAGACUACAUUUUAUCAAGACAAAAACUGAGUUUCCACAAGUAGAAGUUCAUGGUACAAAACCAUUUAACUACCAUCUGCUGUCU